AUGAAACGGCACAUUGGGAUCAAGCAUAGGCAACUCCUAAGACGACCGGUCAAAGAGAGCCUGAAUGGCAUGCGCCAAAUCUUUGGCCAGGAGUCCAGGCGCUCCGUGUCACUGGUCCCAAUGGCCGUGAUCAAGGAUCAAGUUGGUCCUUAUUGGGACGAUGUCAGGGACAGGGACACCGACAUAGUAGAUAUACGAAUUUUCCCGGUGUCAAAUUGUAGUUUUGACAUUCUGUUUUCCAACAGUGGCGUUUCGGGGAAAGUCAACCCCGAUGACGGCGUGAUGAAAAAAUAA